CGAGAUCCAUUCUAAACAGCUUCAGAAGCAGACAUCCGAGGUAAGCUUCACUCCCACUUCUCAAAGUGAAACCUUUUCCUACUCUUCUGAAGCCUAAGGUCGCAUUCAUUCUUCUCUCUCUCUCUCUCUCUCUCUCUCUCGCCAUGGCACAAGCUGUUCGAAAACUAUACAACUUGGGCUCCUCCUUCUCUCCAAUAUCUCACCGCAUUUACAACAAACACAAGGCGAAUAGUCAAGGCCUAUAUGCGUUAUCUCCAUGGGGAAAAAGUAUUCGUUGUCAUUUCUCAGUGGGAAAUUGCCAAGCCGGGCCUAGUGCUUCAUCUGAUACGUCUGAGGAUGGUGCUGGACUAAGCCACCAAGAAUUCCAGAGAUGGCAAAAUGGAGGUGGGCAAUUCCACAAGUCAGCUUGCAUUGAUCCGACAGCACUCAUAGAGACUGGUGCUAUAGUUCAUCCAAAAUCCGUUGUAGGUGCAUAUGUUCAUAUCGGAUCGGGAACUGUAAUCGGACCUUCUGUUACAAUUGGCCAAUUGACAAAAAUAGGAUAUAAUGUCGCACUCAGUAAUUGCAGCAUAGGUGAUUCAUGUGUAAUCCACAAUGGAGUUUGCAUUGGUCAAGAUGGAUUUGGUUUUCUUGUGGAUGAAAAGGGGGACAUCGUUAAGAGGCCUCAAUUGCUGGAUGCUAGGGUGGGGAACCAUGUGGAGAUUGGUGCAAAUACAUGUAUUGAUAGGGGGAGUUGGAGAGAUACAGUUAUAGGGGAUCAUUCAAAGAUAGAUAAUUUAGUUCAGGUUGGUCAUAAUGUAGUUGUUGGGAAAAGUUGCAUGCUUUGUGGACAAGUUGGGAUUGCGGGUUCAGUGACGAUAGGAGACUAUGUUACUUUUGGGGGAAGGGUAGCAGUCCGGGAUCACGUUUCCAUUGUUUCAAAGGUCAGGCUUGCGGCUACUAGCUGUGUCACCAAGGAUAUCAAAGAACCUGGGGAUUAUGGCGGCUUCCCUGCUGUUCCAAUUCAUGAGUGGCGAAGACAAGUUGCUUCACAAUCUUGGGCAUCAAAGAAAAAUUAAGAGUUGUGAGAUGAUUUAAUGGUGGGCUUGUUUGGGUUCUGUCUGAGUGCUGACUAGAGGAGUCAAAUGAUGUGCCAACUCUAGGAGAUUGCUUACCUAGAGAAGUACUGCACUUGCCACUGUGGUAGGGCUGUUCAUACGAAAUCCGGCCCGGCCCGGAACCCGCCUAAACCGGAUUCCGGUUAAGGGUUUCGGCCCGGAUCAAAUCCGGGCCGGUACCCGUAUCUUUGAAUCCGGGCUCAUCCGGCCCGGAUGCGGUUUUAUAACACCCGGGUAACGGUUUAAACCCGUUAUCCGGGUUUAAUAAAAAGCUUCGCCUAAGCAUUGUUGCCCUAGCCGCCCCACCCCCCUUCUUCUCUCUCGAAUUCAGUCUCUUCUCUCUCUCUACCCCCGAUUCACUUUCUCUGUUAUCCUCUCUCACUUUCUCUCAUCUACUCUAUCUCUUGCUAUGCUCUCUACUCUGUCUGUCUCUCUCUCUCUCUCGCGCGUGUGCGCCGACAGUGAAGCCCUAAGUUUCUGCGGCCGUCUCUCUUACCGCUGGAAUUUUGUUAAGCCACUCUCUCUCUCAAUGUCGACUUGGGUAUUUUAGAAUAUUUGUUCAUGUAUAUUUUUUCCUAUUUCCAGAUUUGGGUAAAAGUUCGUGUUAAUUUUGUAUUCUUCUCUCUGUUAGUUUUGUUCUCUCUUUGGUGAUUUUGAAUUUGUUUUAAUGAGCAUGUUUUAAUGUUUGAAGAGUAUUUUUAUGGGUUAGAUCCUCGUGCCGUCGUCUUCAUCCAUGGGUAUGUUUUAUUCUCUGUUUUUUUAUUCUCUUUGGUGAUUUUGAGUUUGUUUUGAAGAGAAGCUUUGAAUGUUUGAGGAGUAUUCGGUUGUUAUAGGUGUUAGAGUUUGGGUGGAAGUCGAAUCGUGGGAUUAUAGUAAGAUCCUGUUUCAAUAAUUUUUUUAUAUCAAAGUUGGAUCUGUUCUGAACGAAUGAUCCCACUGAAAUUUGAGCAAUGACAAAUGUAACUUGGAUGAAAGUUUUAGAGUUGAUGUAUAAUGGUUUUUUCCCUUACACUUAUAAAAAAACCACACAUUUAUUUUUUUAGUUGAUGUUUAUACGGCACCAUCAAUGUAAAAACAGAGUUUUUACAUUUUGAGGAGUAUUCGAUUGUAUUAUAUCAGGUUCCUAUUCUUUUACAUAUGACCAUUAGUAUCUGCAAGUGAAUUUCUGAUGUUCUAGAUCUGAAGUAGGGAUUAACUUGGUUCAAAAUGGGUCUGGGAGAAGCUGGCCAUAAUUUGGAUUUUUUAAAAGAAAAAAAAAAGGAAACCUACACUUCAAAACUUUUUUUCCUAGUAUGGUCAGCAAAAUAAUAAAGUUGUAACCUUCAAACUACCACUGCUUUGCAACCCACCCCUUCCUUUAAAAUCCAGUUUUAAGUUUAUGUCAUGUUACAAAUUUUUAUCAAUUUUAGUGUCUUGAUCUCAAUGAGCGAUAGAUUGCAAAGGGAGUUGUAGUUUAGGUGGGGUAAACUGCAUAUGAUUUUACCUAAAAUAAUACAAUCGAAUACCUUCUGCUGGCCUCUUCUUCUAAUCACAACUAAUUACGUACAGGUCUUGCAUGCCAUUUAAUUCCAUAGUUUUUGUUUGCAUGGCUUGAGUUAUAUGGAAACCUUGAGUUGUGCUUUUUAGGUUAAUUAGUUGUUUAUAGCAUUAGCUGAUAUGUAUGUGUUAAUUAUAAUUAGUUGAUAUGUAUGUGGACGUUGGGGAGCUGCGCUUAAGUACACCUUUUUCAUAACCUGGUUUUUGCGUUUUUGGUUUUGAUUUUGGUACAUUUAUGCUGCUAAUUAUUCUGCUGGUUUUGACAUACUUUCUUUGUAAAGCAAAAUUUACAGAACCAAUGCAACCUGUCACCUGUCCUAGAGGGUUCUUCUUUUUACUUACAAAUCUAAUCUUCAUACCAUAUGUUUUCAUCGUUUUGGAAGAAAUUGGUUCUAUUGUCCUUGAAACGUUUAGCCUCACAAAUGGCAGUAACAUGCUCCAAUACAUGACAAGAGUAGAUUCAAUUGUGUAACAAGGCUGUCCAAUUGAUUGGCUUGAUAAUCUAUUCUGUUGGAGUUGUCAUAUUUUUAGUUUUAUCUCUCUCCUUUUUUAUUCACCCAGUUAUGUAAAUGGAGAAUUUAGUGUUCCUUUCCAUGGUUGUGUUUUUCUCUGUUGAAAUACAUUCUUACUCUUCAGUUUGGGUGGCUGCAGAGGAUAUACUAGGAAGUCACUGUGGCGGUUGUCUUCCGUUUGGGUGGCUUCAACGAAUAUACUGAAGUUUUAUUUGGUGUGAUUAAAUCACAUGGAAGACUAUGUUAUUGAUAUGUAACUCAUAUCUUGUAAUUUUAUAUUUUGUAAUGUAAUGUAAUAUGAAGUGGAUUGUAUGUAUUUUAGUUUUUCAUUUUUUAUAGAUUUUAUUAUUCUGGACAA